CGACUCUCGCAAACAUCUCACUCACACUUUCUACUAGUUUCCAGCACCGCUUCCACGAUCAUUCCCCCACAUUGAACUGAACACUCCAGUCACUCCUUUACAACCGGCAACAUGAAGACCGGUUCUUCGCUCGCGAUCCUCGCAUCGCUGGGCGGCGCUGCCGCCUUUUGGCGCAUGGAAUGCCGUGGCCAAGUCGGCCUUGCCCGUCUUGACCCUCUCAUCGACCCGGGCGUCCCGUCGAAGCACGCCCACGCGAUUCAUGGAUCUUCCGGUUUCAGCGAGAGCGCGACUUUCGAGGACCUGCGCAACGGCGACUGCACGUCGUGUGGUGUGGCUGAAGACAUGUCGGCCUACUGGGCGCCGGCUCUGUACUUUAAGCAUCUCAAUGGCUCCUUCGAGGAGGUUAAGCAGGACGGCGGCAUGCUUGCCUACUACUUCCUGAACUACGACCUGAAGGAUGGCAAGAAGGGAAUCAAGGCGUUCCCUAAUGACUUCCGCAUGGUCGCUGGUGACAGCAGCCGUCGCAACUACUCGGUUGGCGGCCUCGACUACCGCCAGCCCGACCCCCCCAAGUCGGAAUGGGGUGCCAAGGGCCAGACGAACCAGGAAGAUCUCGCCCAGCGCGCCCUCGGUUUCAACUGCCUCAACUAUGAUACCGACGCCGAGCCUGCUCUGUACCGCCACUACCUGCCCGACAAGACUUUCCUCGACUCGAAGUGCAAGCAUGGAGUUCGCUUCGAGCUGUCGUUCCCCUCUUGCUGGAACGGCAAGGACAUCAGCUCUCCCGACCACAAGUCUCACGUUGCGUACCCUGACACAGUUCUUAAUGGAAACUGCCCUGAGGGUUUCGACGUGAAGCUGCCCGGUCUCUUUUUCGAGACCAUCUGGAGGACCCACGACUUCCUCGGCGUGCCGGGCCAGUUCGUCAUUUCCAACGGUGAUGUUGAAGGCUUCGGUUACCACGCUGAUUUCAUCAGCGGCUGGGACGAGGACUUCCUUCAGGCUGCCGUCGACCAAUGCACCAACCCCAGUGGACGCAUCUCCGACUGCCCUCUCUUCACCCUCCUCAGCGCUGAUGACCAGCGGAAGUGCAAGAUUGCCACUCCUCCGAUGAUUGCGGCGGACAAGCUCGCCGGCCUGAUCGGUGACAUCCUCCCCGGAAAUGUCAAGAUCAGCCUCGGCCCUGCCCCCGCCAACCACAACAGCCCCAAGCCGGACCCGAUCUCGCUCCCCGCCGUGUCCCUGCCGGUGCCUAACGUGCUCCCUGGUGGCGUAUUCAAGGAGGAGCCGACCUCGAGCCCUGAGGCCGAGUCCUCCACCAGCACUCCUACCCCUACUCCUACCCCGAUCCCGUCGGACCCUCCUAUCCCCAAGGGCUAUGAGCUUGUCCGCACCGACUACAUUACCAAGGGCAACGUGGUCAGCAAGAUCGUCGUCAUUGAGACGGUCACGUACGUCAUGGUGGCAACUGAGACGGUCACCGUCACGGCGACCCCCAGCGUUGCGGCCGCCGGCGCCGACGACAAGGCCCGCCGUGAGCUCAACCAGCACUUGCACCGCCACCGCCACCACCACGGCUCGCACUAAGCGUGUCGGUGAAUCUUCUAGUUUGCCUAGUGCUACCGGUCCUCUCUAGGACACUCUUCGUUGCACAUAUGGGAUGAGCUCAUGGCUAUUUUUUUCUUUC